AUGGGUGCCAAGCUCUGGGAUGUGGCAGGGCCUGCUGGCACUCCUCCUGAUCCCCAGAUGCUGUUUGAGAAGGUGGCACCCUGCCACCACCUGGGCUCCAUCCGGUCCCAGUGGGACAAAAAGGGAAACGGGCAGCUGGCUCACUGCCACGCCCCAUCGGCCCCAGUUAGCGGGAACUUGUUAGCUGGGGAGAAGCACCAGGAGGCUAAUGAAUCCCUGGAGGGUCCUUCCCGACCCGACCCCAGAAGCUUCCAGGUGCAGGAGGAAGCAGAGGGGCGCUGCCUGGCUCGCACUCUCCAGGAGGAGGACCCGGGGCUGCCGCCCGCAGCGGACCGAGCCGGGGGCGCCGGCAGAGAGUGGGAGCUCCAGCCGGCCUGGUGGCAGGGUCUCUGGACGCCGAAUGCAAGCAGAACAGCCCACGAGAAGUGGCUCCUUGUGGGUUUGCCGGAGUUUUACAAAGGGCCGCUUUCUUUUUUCUGUAGGGAGUUUGCUAGAGACCGAGCACCUGGGAGAGCGUCCUGGGGUCUCAGCUCUUGGGUGUCCUCGGAUGGUGAGGCGGUCCGGCCUUUGACAGCAGGAGGUAGGAGUGGGUCGCUGACAAGCAGGGAUGAGCAGAAGAGGAAGGAAGGGGACUGCCAGCCUGUGAACGUGGGCCAGAAUAACACCGUCACCGUCCAGACCGAGGUGGAGAGGAGACGCUGGCCCCAGCAGGUGGUGGAGAGCCCAGCCGGCCCAGCCAGGCGCGAUCCAGGCCGUCCGCUCAAGGUGAGACACUCCCUGAUAUAAAGCCAAGAAGUAGCAAGGUAUUUUGCAUUGCUUUCUGAAACGCUUGUGCAGAGUGUUGGCGUGUUGGAAAGCAGUCCUGUGGCGUGGGUCUGCGGGGCGAGACGGAGUGUUGAACUGUUCAUUGAGCCCCCUCUGACUCCAAAAAUCCAAGAAAAGUAGACGCGAUUGAGAGCAUAGACAAGGGGUCAAGAUACAUCGGGGGGCCAGGGCCUCCACUUUUGAUGCAGUGAUUGUUGGCAGAGCAGCCUCGCCUCUGCUUUCAGAGGAGCCCCCGCUCGGAGGCCGCCCUGCGCGGGUGUCUCGGGUCCUCAUUCUUCCUCCCCGGCCGCUGCAUCCCGCGGGGAGCAGAGGUUUCGAACUGCCCGGAGUCCGUGAUUCUAAACUGCUGCUUGUGCCGCGUGUGGACUAUUUCCCCUGCACACAAGGGAGAAAAGUCCGGACGGGGAGAGGUGAUUUCACCGUAAGGUGGAACGGGUGUUGAGAACUAACGCUGAAAACACGGGAGGACGGCUGGAGUCGGGAACAGGUUUAGGCAAACGGUGGUGAAGUAAGCCGAAGGAUUUAGUGCUUUUAUUUUUCAAUAAAACUGUUUCUCUGUUGGCAAAACUCGAGACUAAAUCGGUCUUGAACAAGCCGUCUUGA